AAUACACAAAAACCUCAAUGAUUACAAAAAUGCCUUUGAGAAUAGCAAGAACUUUAUUCUCCGUCAAUUUUCCAGGAUCUCAAAUCAGUAUUCCACAAUAACCAAUUGAGAAAAGUAUAGUGUUUAUGUUUACAUAAAGAUCAGCUAUUUUAAGUGAUAGAAAAUGAAAUAAUGUUUGAUGUAAUUCCUAUGAACAACAACCAAUAAAAUUCAGACUAAACCAAAAUGAAUGGUUUUAAGAUCCAAGAUUUCCAAGAUCAACAAAGAAUAGAAUUAAGUAAGAAUGUAGAAAAUGUUUAAAUUUUAAUUUGUAUCGAUUUCUAUAACAAUGGCCAAUCAAAAGAAUAAGAAAUAAUCGAUAGUCAAAUAAUCCAAAUUCAGAAGACCUCUGAAACUCCCCUCACCUCAUUUAAAAGUAUUCCAUAAAUUCAAGCCCCCUUCAGUGUUUAUCUGACCAAAGGGAAUGGAAUCGUUUCCUGUUACGAAUGCGUGGCCUACAAUGGAAAGGUACACAAUGUAGUAAAUUUAGAUAAAAAUUGAAAUGGUUUCUAUUAUUGAUGACGUUGAAGAACACAAACUAAUUCCUAGAGAAAAUAGAGGAUUGGAGGAGUACAAUGGAAGUAAUCAUCAAAUCGAGGAUUCUGUACAAUAUUGAUAAUAAAAAAGAUAUAACAUGAAAUGUUGAAUUACUUAAAGACUUUUGAAAUAGAUUCAGAACUUGCUUAAUUUGUACAACACAUUCAAAUCUACUAAGAGCAGGUUCUAAAUGUGAACUAUUUGUAAGACAAGCCUAUACUUCAUGAUUGA